UGGUAAAAGCAGACCUAUAGAACCAAACAACAUACAAAUGCAUCAUACCACCGUAACACAACCCUAACUACUCUAUAUACUAGCAUUUUAGCAUGCAGCAAAAGGAAUCCUUCAGCUGGGAGGAGUACCUGAGGGAGACCUCCUCUGUGGCCGCUUCUCCCAGCUGUUUCAGACAGUCCAGGGGCCCCCCCCACCAACGACUUCAAGGCGGGGAUGAAGCUGGAGGCCCGAGACCCCCGCAACUCCCACUCGGUGUGCAUCGCCACGGUGAUGGGCAUGAUGGGCACCCGGCUGCGCCUGCGGCUGGACGGCAGCGACAACACCAACGACUUCUGGCGGCUGGUCGACUCGUCGGACAUCCAGCCAAUCGGGACGUGCGAGAGGAAGGGCGACAUGCUGCAGCCGCCGCUGGGCUUCAGGAUGAACGCGUCCUCCUGGCCCAUGUUCCUCCUGAGGACGCUGAGCGGGGCGGAGAUGGCGCCGGCCGCCGCCUUCAAGAAGGAGCCGUCCAUCCCUCUGAAGAACCACUUCCUGCCGGGCAUGAAGCUGGAGGCGGUCGACAGGAAGAACCCCUACCUCAUCUGCCCGGCCACCGUGGGCGAGGUCAGAGGUCAGGACAUCUUCGUGAUGUUCGACGGAUGGCGGGGCGCCUUCGACUACUGGUGCCCGUGUCACUCCCGGGACAUCUUCCCGGUGGGCUGGUGCUUGCUGACCAAGCACAGCCUGCAGCCGCCCGGAAACUUCUUCACCCUUCCCAGCGCGCUGCUGGCGCCCGUCUCCUCCUCCUCCUCCUGCUCCUCCUCGCUGGCCACCCGGCGCUCCUCCGCGACCAGCGGCGGCUCCUGCUCCUCCAUGCAGACCUCGUACCGGCUGCCCAACCCGCUGCCCCCGCUGCCCGUCCGCAAGGGCGUGCGCGGCCGACGGCCCAAGCUGCAGACCAUCGCCCUGCUGAAGGCGGCGGCGGAGGCGGCGGCGGCGGCGGCCGAGGCCCACGGCUCCGCCCACGGCGCCGGGCCCCCGCUGGCGCCCAGGAUCCACAAGAAGAGGGGCCCCAAACCCGGCAGCAAGAGGAAACCCCGGGUGGUGCAGUCGCUGGGGGGGUCGACCGUCGCCACGCCGACCCCGGAGACCCGCUUCAGCUCCAGCCACGCUUCAACAGACAGUAACCAUAGCAACGGCUCGAACGUAGUCUGCACAGUGUGUGUGUACAUCAACAAGCACGGUGACUACGGCCCCCACCUGGACAGGAAGCUGGUGCAGCAGCUCCCCGACCACUUCGGGCCGGCGCCGGUCAACGCCGUGCUGCAGCAGUCGGUGCAGGCGUGCGUGGACUGCACCUACACCCCCGCCGUGCUCCUGCCCUUCCUGCAGAGCCAGGCCCACACGGGCGGGGAGGUCAUCCGAGUGCGCUCGGACCACGGUAUCCGCUACGUGAAGCUGCCGUCGGCCUCGAGCACCUCGUCCGUGCUGCGCUUCCUGGAGACGCUGUGCCAGCACCUGCAGAGCGACUGCCUGUUCAGCUCCCAGCCCUUCAGCCCGCAGGCCAAGAGCCAGCUCUACGAGCGCACCAAGAGCGAACCCCUCCACCACGGGGAGAACGGCCUCUCAGGGGAGGACUCCAAGACGGACAUGGUGUCCGCCGCCAGCGGCCGCUCCCUCCGCACGCAGUCGGAGUACCGCUCGCCGCAGACGGAGCGGCCCUUCUACACGCCCCACGCCCGCGCCACGCCCCCCCAGAGGACGCUCAGCUCCAACCCCCCCGACCUGGGACCCCCGCACAUCCACCGCCGCGUCGAGGCUAGCUCGACGACGGGACCUGAUCACAUGACCCAGGACCGGGAGGGGGCGGGGUCCGCCGCGGCGUCCUGGUCGGUCGAUGACGUCAUCCGGUUUGUGCAGGAGGCGGACCCCCAGACGCUCGGGCCCCACGUCGAGCUGUUCAGGAAACACGAGAUUGACGGCAAGGCGUUGAUGCUGCUCCGCAGUGAUGUCAUCAUGAAGUACAUGGGCCUGAAGCUUGGCCCCGCCCUCAAACUCUGCCACCACAUUGAGAAGCUCAAGCAGGCCAAACCUUAGAGGGCGACCUCACUUCCUGUGGGCGUGUGUUUUUCCGACCGGACACACCCACAAAACAACUAUGCUCUAUAACACAAUCUCGGCGCAGCUCUGCCGCGCCCUGUCUCUCUCUCUCACACACACACACACAGACACACAGACACACACACAUAUACACACAUAUACAGACACACACACAUAUACAGACACACACAGACGCACACAGACACACACACACACACAUAUAGACACAUAUACAGACACACACACAUAUACAGACACACGCACACACACCGCGUCCCAUGGGAUGACAAAAUGCUGGCAUUGGACAUUUUCUUCCGGAAAGAACUUCAGAAAGGACUCAGUGACCCCAGGAGGGAAAGGCCUGGUACCGCAGUGUUCAGACCGCUCUGUUGGUGGACACUAGACCAUGUGCUGUAGGGUUUUAAAUGCAAUAACACAACACUUGACCGAUGGCUUCCAUACUCGACCGCAGGAACUGUUUUCAGCCGAGCAGGCGAAGAUAGGACCACAAGGACGACCAGAUCCUGAAUGAGAUGACACACACCCCGCAGACGUUAUGAUGCGAAGGAGACCACUCUUCUGAGCUUCAUAUUCUUUCCGUGUAAACACGUUAGUAUGUGUAGAUAUCUUGUGAUCUAUUCUAGUACAUCUAGUAUCUGAAAUAUUUAAGUGUGCCUGUUCUCUUCCUGUAAGAUGUUCCAGGUCAGAUGUUUCUCUUUCAGCGUGGACAGAUAAAAACAAAGGUGGUUACAAAUGUAAAAGGAUAGCUUAUGAAACGGUUCAGAACGCCCCGAUAUAAUCCGAACGAGAGAAACUGUUUUGUAAAUAGAUAUGUUGAAAAGUUGUUUUUAUACAUUUUUUUUUACUUCUGUAUCAAGCGAGUGUAAAUGUUUUUUUUGUUGUUGUUCUGCCUGCAAUGGAUUUGUGUGCAACCUCAGAUAUCUACAGGUUAAUAAGAUAACAGCGUACAUGUGCUAGUCUUGAAGUAGCCUAUUUAUCCGUUCAUAAUGGAGGAAGUGCUCGUUUUCGGAACAUUUCAGAACCAUGUUUUUGCUUGAUUUUGAUUGUUUUUUCCCGACAAUCUGUUUUCUCUUGUAGCGUUUGUUGCGUUUCGACCUCACUGUUGAGAAGUUACAAUACUUGAAGCUGUCCUGCUUUAAGGUGAAACUCAGGUUUUGAUAGGCCUCAUUGUAUAGAAUUAAUUUGAUUUGAAACAUUGCCAACAUUUUGUGUUCAUUGCCAUACUGCAUGCCCAGCAGUUAUACAUAAAUAUAUUAUUGUUAUUAUAUUAUUUUGCCUUAAAAACAAUGGAUACAUAUAAUCAUGUUUUAUUGUUGAAAAUGUGUUUCAUACGUUUUAUAUGCAUCCACACAAUUAAACAUUUUACAAAAUG